GGGCGUUGAGAGGCCGCUAGAGAGCAGCCAGUGUCUGCACAGAGCUGUGUGCUGGCAAGGGGAAACUGAUCGUGGCAGAGCAGAGAUGUAGUGUUGCUCACUGGGACUCCGUGGCCAGCCGUCUAUCACUCUUGCCGGGGAUCAUUAGUGUGACAUUACCGCGGAAUGGGAAAGACCGGAUUACAUUUUUUGCGCACUUAUACUGCAUGAAUGUGUCGCGUAAUGCGACCAAAGGGCUGCCUUUGGGGGGAAAUAUUUAUGGUUCGGGACGGUUUUGUUGGAGUAGCUAGUUGCUAGCGCUGGGCUAGCGACGGUGCUGUCUACUUCGUAACGUAUUUGUUAAGGAUGCUACGGUGGAUACGACAACAGCUGGGCUUUGACCCCCCUCAUCAGAGUGACACCAGGACGGUAUAUGUAGCAAACCGUUUCCCUGAGCAUGGACACUACAUACCACAACGCUUUGCUGACAACAGAAUCAUCUCCUCCAAGUACACAGUUUGGAAUUUUGUCCCUAAGAAUCUGUUUGAGCAGUUCAGAAGGAUAGCCAACUUCUAUUUUCUCAUUAUCUUCCUUGUACAGUUAAUGAUAGACACCCCAACUUCCCCAGUCACCAGCGGCCUGCCUCUCUUCUUUGUGAUCACAGUUACUGCCAUAAAACAGGGCUACGAGGAUUGGCUGAGACACAAGGCGGACAACGAGGUGAAUGGGGCUCCAGUGUUUGUGGUUCGCAGUGGAAGUCUGGUCCAGACAAGAUCCAAGAACAUCAGGGUGGGGGACAUUGUUCGUGUGGCUAAAGAUGAGACAUUCCCAGCCGACCUGGCGUUGCUGUCGUCUGAGCGUGCAGAUGGCACCUGUCACAUCACCACAGCCAGCCUCGAUGGAGAAACCAACCUUAAGACUCAUUACUCUGUGGCGGAGACGUCAGUGUGCCAGUCGGUGUCCCAACUGGAGGCUCUGGAGGCUGUGGUGGAGUGUCAACAACCGGACGCUGACCUGUACAGGUUUGUCGGUCGGAUUACAGUGACUCAGCAGGAAGAGGAGAUAGUCAGACCGCUGGGUCCAGAGAAUUUGCUGCUGCGAGGAGCCAGGUUGAAAAAUACCAAAGAGAUUUUUGGUGUGGCGGUUUACACUGGGAUGGAGUCCAAGAUGGCGCUCAACUAUAAGUGCAAGUCCCAGAAACGCUCUGCAGUAGAGAAGUCCAUGAAUACCUUCCUAAUCAUCUACCUGGGAAUCUUGCUGUUCGAGGCCGUCCUCAGCACCAUCCUGAAGUAUGCCUGGCAGGCUGAGGACAAAUGGGACGAGCCUUUCUACAACCAAAAGACUGAACAGGAGAGAAACAGCAGUCCGAUCUUGAAGUUCAUCUCAGACUUCUUGGCGUUUCUGGUCCUCUAUAACUUCAUCAUCCCCAUCUCGCUCUACGUUACUGUUGAGAUGCAGAAAUUCCUGGGCUCCUUUUUCAUUGGCUGGGAUUUAGACCUUUACCACGAGGAGACCGACCAGAAAGCUCAGGUCAACACCUCUGACCUCAAUGAGGAGCUGGGACAGGUGGAGUAUGUGUUUACAGAUAAGACGGGUACGCUAACGGAAAACGAGAUGCAUUUCCGUGAGUGUUCAAUUAACGGAACCAAGUACCGAGAAGUUAACGGCAAACUGGUACCAGAGGGAAUGACUGACGAUUCUCCAGAUGGUUCUACGCCUCAGCUGAUUGGCGAGGAAUUGUUAUUUCUCAAGGCGGUGUCAUUGUGUCACACGGUUCAGAUCAGCUACGAUCAGCCAGACUGCGUGGUCGGGGGAGGAGACCCAUUCUCCCAUGCAAACGGUUUCUCUUCCAACAACAUGGAAUACUACGCCUCUUCACCGGACGAGAAAGCUUUAGUAGAGGCAACAAAGAGGAUCGGAGUGGCCUUCACUCGCUGCAGUGGAGAUACCAUAGAGAUCAAAACAUUUGGCAAGUCAGAGAAAUAUAAACGGCUGCAUGUGUUAGAGUUCGAUGCUGACCGCAGAAGGAUGAGCGUCAUACUGCAGACUCCCUCAGGAGGCAAAGUGCUGUUCUCCAAGGGUGCAGAGUCGGCCAUCUUGCCUUUCACUACCAGUGGUGAGAUAGAAAAGACGAGACUGCACGUUGACGAGUUUGCCUUGAAAGGUCUGCGGACCUUGGUUGUGGCAUGUCGCCACUUUAGUCCAGAGGAGUACAUUGAUGUGGACAGGCAUCUGAACGCUGCCCGCACCGCGCUGCAGCAGAGGGACGAGAGACUGCAGGAGGCCUUCAGCUACAUCGAGAGAGACCUGCAUCUUCUGGGAGCAACGGCGGUUGAAGACAAACUCCAAGACAAAGUCCAGGAGACCAUCGAGGCUCUGCGGCUGGCAGGGAUCAAAGUAUGGGUGCUGACAGGGGACAAACAUGAGACUGCGGUCAGUGUCAGCCUGUCCUGUGGCCACUUCCACAGAACCAUGAACAUCUUGGAGCUCCUGCAACAACGCUCUGAUAACGAGUGUGCGGAACAGCUCCGCAGACUGGACAGGAGGAUAAAGGAGGACCAUGUCAUACAGCACGGGUUAGUCGUGGAUGGGGCCAGUCUGUCUUUAGCGUUGAGGGAACACGAGAAGCUCUUUAUGGAAGUGUGUAAAAACUGCUCAGCUGUGCUGUGUUGCCGCAUGGCCCCACUGCAGAAAGCUAAGGUGGUGCGUCUAUUUAAAACCUCCCCAGAGAAACCCAUCACCCUAGCUAUUGGGGAUGGAGCCAAUGAUGUCAGUAUGAUACAGGAAGCUCACGUCGGCAUAGGUAUCAUGGGGAAGGAGGGACGUCAGGCCGUGAGAAACAGUGACUAUGCAAUUGCCAGGUUUAAGUUCCUGGCUAAACUUCUGCUGGUCCACGGUCACUUCUACUACAUUCGAAUAGCUACGCUUGUACAGUACUUUUUCUACAAGAACGUGUGUUUUAUCACGCCCCAGUUUUUAUACCAGUUCUUCUGUCUGUUUUCACAACAAACUCUGUAUGACAGUGUUUACCUGACACUGUACAACAUCUGCUUCACCUCGCUGCCCAUCCUGGUGUACAGUCUGUUUGAACAGCUGGUCCAUCCACACGUACUGCAGAAUAAGCCCGGCCUGUACAGAGACAUCAGCAAGAACUCCCUGCUGUCUUUCCGGACGUUCAUGUACUGGACUCUGUUGGGCUUCUGCCACGCCUUCAUCUUCUUCUUCGGAUCCUACAUACUGAUGGGAGAGGACACCACACUUAUGGGCAAUGGACAGAUGUUUGGGAACUGGACAUUUGGAACGCUGGUCUUUACUGUCAUGGUCAUCACAGUCACAUUAAAGCUUGCUUUAGAGACUCAUUUCUGGACGUGGAUGAACCAUUUUGUGACGUGGGGUUCGAUUGCCUUCUACUUCAUCUUCUCGCUCUUCUAUGGAGGCAUCAUCUGGCCAUUCCUCCACACGCAGGACAUGUACUUUGUAUUCGUACAGCUGCUGUCUAGCGGUUCAGCCUGGUUCGCAAUCAUCAUCAUCGUCAUAACUUGCCUCUUUCCUGAUGUGGUGAAGAAGGUCUUCUACCGACAUCUGCAGCCCACCAGCACACAGAAGAGUCAGUCUCUAUCAGCCCCCCAGACCCUCAGCUGUGUGGAGUCCCUGUGCUGCUACCAACAUGGGCAGAGCGGCUGUUCCCGCCUGGCCCGCCUCCUGGAGCAAAUAACCGGGGCAGUGCCAGGCCAGCGCCAACAAUUGCAACGCAUCCAGCCGCAGCAACAGGUCUUGGAGCGACACGGAGAACUUCUGCUCCAACGAUCGCAGCAUCCUGACGCUGUCGCCCAUCGAGGUCACCAACUGCUGACUCCCAGGGCCGCUGACUGUAACACGCAGAGCUGCCCCCCCUCCCUCCCCUCCCCCACCACCAUUUCAUAAACCUUCUUCAGUUUAAGCUUAAUGCAUUCUCAGCUGGAUGCAACGUGGACGCAUUAUGUAAAACCAAAGGACUCUGCUCGGUGCAGCAGGCGGCUUCAUUCUUCAGCAAUCGUUAUUCACCCGAGUGACUCAAUUCUUCCUGUAGGAAGGUUGAGCAGGACGAGCAACAUGGAAGGAAACUAAACAUGAAGUGUGGAGCAAGUAAACUCGGAGCUACUGCUGCAGGAAGAUCCAGAAGCACCUGAAGCAGCAACAGUAAUCAGAUCCCCGCUGCUCACAGGGUGUCCUGUGGAAGUAUCUGAAAACAGCGUAUUUAAAGACGUGUCCGCUCACAGGUGCCGCCCUGUCACGCACCUAUUUAUUUUUCAUUUUCAGCACAGUUGCCAAACUUUCUUUUUCUUUCUUGCAACUAGCAUUAAAAUGGCUUUGUAAGUCUUACAUGUUUGUGGAGUGAGAAUGAAGAGUCCUAAUGUGGCAGUAGCUGCUCCAAGCAUUGCAGCCUGACUGUGACCUGACGGAGCGGUUUAACCUCAACACAGGACUGAGGUGGCUUAUAGACACCGGCCACCAGGAGCGUCCAUGUAGCACCAGGACAGAAACUCACACUGCAUCGCAGAGGUGUCGGCUAUCAGCUUCCAUAAACUGUUACAUAAACUUCCUCUUCGAGAUGUCGGCCCGCUGCACCUUCGUUUCUCAUUCAGAUGGAAAGGGAUGAAGCCAGACCUCCCACAGUCCUGAAGCUUUCAGAGUCUGUUAACGUCUAGACUGGUUUCCUUUGAACGUACAGUUCUCCCACAAUACUGUACGAGGAGAUUCAUCUCUACCGUGGAACCAAAGACCAAAGGAUUCAGACUGGAGCGUAAAAGAAAAAGUGUUUAUUUUUGUGCCUGAUUGUACAGAAGCGUGUAUCGUUGUUAGGAAGACUGUUGUUGUUUUUUGUCCGUGCUGCUUUCUCGUCCGACUGUUCGGGACUCUGCCCCCCCCCCCCCCCACUGGGUUCUUUUGAAAAAGCCAUACAUUUUCUGGAGGUUAUAUUAGAGGGUGCUGCAGAUAGAAGCUGUUUGAGCCUGAUGUUGUUACUUUGCGUUUGGAAACGUGUUCCCCUUGAAUGCCUUUUCUCAGUCCGCCGGGUUACCAAAGGCACCUUAGCAUUAAAGUCUGUGAUCAAGGAAUAUUUCUUUAUUUUAGGUAACAGGAUCAAUAUUGAAGGCUUACUUAAUGGACAUCAUCUCUCUCAGUUGCCAAAAAGAAUAUUACCUGAGUAUCGGAUCACAUAAUGGUACCAUUUUUAUUUCAGCGAGACAAAAAUGGCUUUAAUGGAGAGAUGCUUUUCCAAAUCACGGCUGAUGCAUGUCGACCCAGACAGAAGAAUGUCUCUAUCUUUUAGAGGGAUAGCUAUAUCAGAUAAAUAUAAUUCAGCUUCUACAGAGACGGAACAGAGAAGCAGAGCGUUUGCACAAGUCACAUAUCAAAAUCACAUUUUGUUGUUUCUUCAAAAUCAUUGAUCGUCCGUCAUCAUUGAAAUCAUCUGAAUGUGUGUGUGUGUGUGUGUGUGUGUGUGUGUGUGUGUGUGUGUGUGUGUGUGUGUGUGUGUGUGUGUGUGUGUGUGUGUGUGUGUGUGUGUGUGUGUGUGUGUGUGUGUGUGAUGGUUCUUGUAUGGCAGCCAUGCUGGUUAAAGGAAGUGCGGUACGUAGCCUUGUUGUAAGCUCGUUGUUUGAACUCAGUGGCCACAUGCAGGUCAAAGGUCAAAUGUUUCUCUUGGAUUCUCUUGCUUUCAUUUCUCUUCCAAAAAUGAGGAAAGGUUUGACUGUUCUUAUUGUAGGAGAGUUCAGUUGACUCCAGAAGUGUAAUGUAGAAACGUUUCAAGACAACCGUUUUAAACUUGACACAGCGAGCACACUGAGCAGUACACGCCUCGGCUCACACGGGACAUACAGAGUCAUAGGAUGCUUUCUGUGUCGUUAGUUUAAAGAAAGUCAAUCAUGUCUGUCAAUUCAUUGAAUAUUCUUGAUGUUUAUGUUCUAUAUGGUACACGUUGUUUGAUGCAUACCUGGGCCUGUUAUAUUCUUUCUGUUCAUACAGGUGCAACUGACAAUGAAAGUGUCUAUUUAUUAUUGCGGUACUUUUUUUUUUUUUGUGUUUGUGUUGAACUUUUCUCACAUAUCAAUAUAACGUGUGUCCUGUACAUGGACUGGAUGCAGCAACUUCCCACAAUGCUUUAUCUCUGACAUGUAAUCAGGAGGUUGAAUCUCUAAACUCUUUUCUUUGACCUGAACGGUCUGAAAUCAACAGGAUGCUAGUAAUGUUACAGGACCUUUAAGAAUGCAAUAGGAUACUUGAAAACUUCCAGUUAUAUCACUCCAUCCUGCAGCCCACAACAUGGUGAGGAGGAGGCCACGUGUUCACAGGAAAUCACAGAAACCUUUUUGUAUUUUCUUCUUUUUAAACAUUUGAGUUCAUAUCUGCUAUUAAAAUGUCUGGAUACAAGUGAUACCUGUAAUCUGUGCCUGGAUUAGGAAAAAUACAUGUCCACGCUGUUUAAAUGGACACUGCACCAAUUUUACACACAAAAACAUCUGAAAGUCUUUCCGAAGUCUGAGAAAUGAGUUCUUGAUUCUUCAAAGAUGCUAUUAAAUUGCAUUUUGGGUAUUGUAGGAUCUAUUUUUUCUUUUUUAGAACGACUCAUAAUGAGGAUAUCUUUGCUUCUGCUGCAUUCAUCUUAUACUAAAUCUUUCUUUUUUUUUUAAAGGGUCACAUUUGAUGCAGCAGGAACAUUGAUUUCCUGACUUAAACAGAAACCCAAAAGUUGGACGACCCUCAUCUCUGGAAUCAGCGAUAAAGUCCAGAGGAGGGAAGAUGAGUCCUUCUGGCCACAGGCAGAAACACCUGCAGUGUUAGUGCAGUUCUGAUGCCCCCUUGUGCUCAUCUACAGACACCCAAAUUAAAUAAUGAUUACAUCUCUAAGCAUAUAACAAAUAUACCAAAUUAAUUACUCUGAUUUCAAAAAUGUCCUUUUUCAAAGUAAGCAACGGUUAUCUUUAUUGACAGAGUUCGGGAUAAAAGGCGACGUGAAGUAACAUUUAAAAUGACGUUCAAUAAAACUCAUUGUGAAAAGAUGCAGUAGGAACAGGUAGUAAUAAUAAUAAUAAUAAUGAGCUGAGUGUUGAAUAUAUAGGAUUAUUCCACAUUAUGUAUUUUGAUUGUGUAUCCAGGUACAGAUUAUUUUUUCUAACCUAUCAAAUGCACGAGAGCUUUAUCUUUGCUACUGUUUAUGCAGAAAACAGAUGCUAUAUUUUUUUAUGGAUCAGAUUUGACAUUCGUAACAACCAAGACCUGAUUCUCCGAAGCAUCACAGCGCUGACGUCAGCGUCGUUACGAGCGAGCAGCACGGUCGGGAUACGAGGCCUCUGGGAUAUUUCUAGAAGCAGGAGAUUACUCAGCCACAUAAUUCAGAAAAUUUAAUAUGUUAUCAAGACUCGUCUACACGUUAUAACCACGUCAUCCAUCAGAAGCACCAUCCAAGUUUAAUUGGAUAACUUAUUAAGAGCUGUUAAAUUCUGUCUACAAACCCAGUACUCCUGCUUCUGGACAUAUUGAAAGAGUAAAGAUCAAAGGAAAGUGGAAAUCUUACAUAGUUACAAGUAAUAUACUCAUCCAGAGUCUAGAUCCUGAACGAUUCAAUAAAGAAUGUUUGGUUAUUGUUACCACAUACUAUAUUAAGGAUAUAACAAUAUCUACAUUUUAGCACAUUUUGCAGGGAAGUUUUGACCUGAAAAACAUGUUUUAAAUACCGUCGGUGCAGAGAUGCUCUUGGAAAACUCAGUUUGCAGACUUGAAUCAAAUUAUGGUUUCAAAGAGCAAAUCGGCUAAAAAGAAGAAUCUAAAUUAGAAAAGCAAUCGAUCCGCUUUCUGCUGCACGAUGUCCUGUGACUCAGCGUCAGCCCGUAUGACAAGAGGCUGCACAACAGUGCUUAUAGUUUGCUAAAAUAUAUUUUGUAUUCUCUCCUCUCAUCAGUAAGUCAUGCUGCACCAGACGAUUAAUAAGCCACCAUCAUCACUCUUCUGUUGACUGUCUGUUGCUGUCUGUCCUCCCUCGUGUCUGUAAAUCUGUCUUAUAGCUGAUGUUUAUGAAGAUGCGGCUCUAUUUACGAAAUAAAUACAUUUUUAAGAAACA